AUGGCAAUGUUAGCCUCCAAAGCCUACCCGGCUCCGUUAGGGUCGCAGUCUUCUGGUGUCGCUGCAGCCGCACCGCAAUCGACAUACCCAGCCCCACGACGAACCCCAGCCGCCCCGAUGGCGUCGCAGAAUUAUGCCAACCAAGCCGAGUCCGAUUUUGACGACGAUGACGCCGACGGGCCCGACUCGGUCAAGAAAUGGGAUGAGGACCGCGUGUGUGAUUACCUGCGAAGCGUCAAGUGUGGCGAGUACGAGAAGAUAUUUCGCAGGAACCACAUCAACGGCGAGAAUCUGUUGGAGAUCGACAAAGAGGUGCUCAAAGAGAUGGGCGUAGACAAGGUUGGGGAUCGCGUCCGCCUAUUCUUGGGCAUCAAAAAGCUACGGACCAAGACAUAUGCGAGCCAACGAAGGCGGAAUAGGGAAUCGUUCGCUGGGCUAGACAUGCAUUAUGCGCCCUCAUCUUCCUCGCCUCGCCAUAUUGGUGGGCGUGCAGUACCCCCGACCCCGUCCAACAAGCGAUAUUCACGACAAUACGACCUCCCGACCGCCGUUCCCAUUACCGACCCCUCCAAGCCCUCAUCGAGACCAUCUUCGCCCCUCCCAAGCGCUGACUUCCGUACCCGCCAACGAUAUGCUCAAGCUCAGGCUCAAGCUCAGGCCCAGGCAUAUGUUGGCCAGCCGACACCCGCAACCGCGCGGUUCCCCAUGUCCCCUCCGGACCAUCCACACUCGGGUCGUCUGCAUCAAAGGAAUCAAUCCAGCAUGGACGGCUCCUUGAUGGCCGCCCUGCCACCCGGGCAAGAUGUGAUUCGCGUCAUCUCCACGGGAGGCGGGACAAAAGUCGUCAAAAUCGCUGGUUGCAACACCAUCGAGGAAGUCAUGCGUGUCACGCUACGAAAAUUCGCCCUGCGCGAGGACCACGAAAGGAACUAUUGCUUCUGGGUGCUCAACGGAGUAGAGCCGGACCCGAACCAGUGCCGCCGCCUUGGCGACACAGAGCUGUGGAGGGUCAUCAAGGACCACACGCGACCAGAACGUAACCGCCUCAUCUUGCGGCGGGUACCUGCUGGAGAACCCGGGCAGCAAGAACUCGAGAGGGCCGCUGCCAUCGCGCUAGAAGAAGCUCAGCAAAGCCACAACCGUGCCAUGGAAGGCAUGGAUAAACGCAGCCAAAUAAAGGCUCAGAAACUUUUAGGGGAGACUUGGGAGACGAUUCAACAACCUCCUCUUUCCCCUGUAUCUUACCAGGAUCGAGAAAGAAACGUAUAUAAUGCCGCCAGAGACCUGGAGCGCCCGGCCGUUAUCGAGACCGCCCAGGCGGUGCCUCGCCGUAAGGGCUUGCUGCGACAGUUUGGCGGACUCCGGCCACCUAGCGAGCUCAUUGCCUCCGAUCUGACCAGUUAUUUCCCGGACCACUCGCGCGAGGAGAUCGAUAGGACGGCCCGGAUGUCCAUGCGACGCUCUCAGCGCCUUAGCCGGGCAAAUCACCGCCUCAGUGUAGCCAGCACCAUCAGUUUUGCCUCGACCAUCCAGGACGCGCCGCCCAUUCCAACCAUCGCCGACAGCUGGCUCACGGCCUCGAACCAGAUCGCCAAAGUACGUGGCCGGGACCCACGCUUCCAGAAUUACCGAGACUCUGUGGCCUCAUCCGUUCUCGACACGUUGCAAGAAGAGUCGUCCCCCAUCGAGCCGAACCGCAAGUCGUACGUCUCCUUUGCUGACAGCGGCUCGGACACCGCCGCGCUUAGCAUCACAGACCCUGAAGGCAACAUUGUCCGCCACAGCUACUUUGAUGGAGUGGGUACCCUCAGCUCCGGAGGCUCUGGGUCCCUGGAGGAAGUCAACCAAGCGUUGACCCAAGACGGAGAGGAUGCCGAUGAGGAACUGCAGAGCUUCCUUAGUGGCGAGUCGUGGGACGACAGCAAGUGGAUGAAGGGUGCCUUAAUCGGCCAGGGUUCCUUCGGCAGUGUCUACCUCGCACUACAUGCCGUCACAGGCGAGCUGCUCGCCGUUAAGCAAGUUGAGACCCCGGCGCCCGGCGCCAACAGCCAGAGCGACUCGCGCAAGAAGAGCAUGAUUGACGCCCUUAAACGCGAAAUCAGCCUUCUCCGUGACCUGCGUCACCCCAACAUUGUGCAGUACCUCGGAUGCGGCUCCUCGGCCGAAUACCUCAACAUUUUCCUGGAGUACGUCCCCGGCGGGUCCGUCCAGACAAUGCUCAACUCGUACGGCGCGCUGCCAGAGCCACUGGUGCGCAGCUUCGUUCGGCAAAUUCUCAACGGUCUCUCGUAUCUGCACAACCGUGAUAUCAUCCACCGAGACAUCAAGGGCGCCAACAUCCUGGUCGACAACAAGGGCACCAUCAAAAUUUCGGAUUUCGGUAUUUCCAAGAAACUUGAAGCUACCAACAUCCUUAACGGGGCCAACAACAACAAAAACCGGCCCUCCCUUCAAGGAUCCGUCUUUUGGAUGGCGCCUGAAGUCGUCAAACAAACCUCGUAUACACGCAAAGCCGACAUUUGGUCGCUCGGGUGUCUGGUAGUCGAGAUGAUGACGGGCCAGCACCCCUUCCCGGACUGUUCCCAGCUGCAGGCCAUCUUCAAGAUUGGCGGUGCCAAGGCAACGCCGACAAUCCCGGAACAUGCGAGUGCGGAAGCGCAGCAAUUCCUAGCGCAGACUUUUGAGAUCGACCAUAACGCGCGGCCGAGCGCAGAUGAGUUGAUGCUAAGCCCGUUCUUGACGCCGCCUGAGUAG